CCAGCGAAAAACCGUGGCAGUAGUGCAUGCACUUAGCAGUUAACAUAGCACAACGUGUCCAUAGGGCGGAAUCAAAAUCAUUUAUUCCAAAGGAUUAUUGGAAGAUUUUUUUUAAAACAUACGUAUUUAUUAAAGUUGAAGAAACGUAAAUUUCCUCUGAGGAAAGACAUGAAAGAACUUGCCUUCUCAUUGUGGAUUUUCUUUUUAACUUGUGUAGCCGCGGUCUUAUCUUCUGACCUUGAGAAGGAGGGACUUUUUAAAGAUGGUACCAUUGCUGAUCUGCUGAAGGGUGAAAACCGCAGUGAAGAUGUCGUUGGUCCCAAUGUGAAGUAUUGCCUUCAGAAGUCUCUUGACCCUGAGGAUGUUGGUUGCUAUCUCAACCCUGGCCAGAACGACAGUCUACAGGAAUGUGGCUUCAAUGCAACAGCCAAGACUAUCCUAGUGAUCCAUGGGUGGACUAUGAGUGGUAUGUUUGAAAAGUGGCUCCAAAAGCUGGUUUCUGCUAUUCAGGAGCGUGAAAAGGAAGCCAAUGUCCUUGUAGUCGACUGGAUCAACCUUGCCCACCAAGUGUAUCCAGAUGCUGUUAACCACACAAAAACUGUCGGGCAUGACAUUGCUAAGUUCCUCGAAUGGUUAAAGGAUGAAUUGAACUUGCCUCUUCAAAACGUGCACAUGAUUGGGUACAGCCUGGGAGCUCAUGUGGCUGGUUAUGCUGGUAACUAUGUGAAUGGAACAAUCGGCAGAAUAACAGGUCUGGACCCGGCGGGCCCCAUGUUUGAAGGGGUCGAUUCGGACAGUCGCCUGUCUCCUGAUGACGCUGACUUUGUGGAUGUUCUGCACACCUACACAAGGGAGGCUUUGGGUGUCAGCAUUGGCAUCCAGCAACCUGUGGGUCACAUUGACAUUUAUCCUAAUGGAGGGGAUAGCCAACCUGGCUGUGGUUUAAGUGACAUACUGGGUACAAUGGCUUACAGAGGUUUUGGGGAAGCUGUAAAAUGUGAGCAUGAGCGCUCGGUGUAUCUUUUUAUAGAUUCACUUCUGAAUAAAGAUCACCAGAGCUUUGCAUACCGGUGCACGGAUCCCAGCCGCUUCAAGAAAGGGAUUUGCCUGAGCUGCAGGAAAAACCGAUGCAACAACCUGGGUUACAAUAUCAAGAAGAUGCGCAACAGGAGAAACAGCAAGAUGUACCUCAAAACACGGGCAGAUAUGCCUUUUGGAGGUUAUCACUACCAGAUGAAGAUGCAUGUCUUUAGCAAAGCCGAUGGGGAGGACAAAGACCCAACGUUCUUUGUUAAACUUUAUGGUGCCCAUAAUGACACAAAAGACCACAGUGUUGACCUACCUGACAAGAUUGGCCUGAAUUUUACCAACUCCUUCUUGGUCUUCACUGAAGAAGACAUUGGGGAUCUGCUCAAGAUCAAACUGUCCUGGGAAGGAGCUCCUAAGUCUUGGUUCUCGAUAUGGAAAAAGAUGAAGUCUGUAUUGUACUCUGGAGGAACCAAAGAGAACCAGGUACUGGAGGUGCGGCGCAUUCGUGUCAAGUGUGGAGAAACCCAGAAAAAGUUCACUUUCUGCGCUGAAGAUCCAACUGCAACCAAGAUAACACCUGGAAAUGAGAUAACGUUUGUCAAGUGUCGGGAUGGAUGGGAAGUCAAACCUAGAAAAAGAUUGCACUAUUAAAUCAGGAUAAUGCACUUCAAAAAACUGAGCCACAUACCCAAGGGGGACCGAAGCAGAAAUGCACAAAUCAUCCAUGUUACUCCAUGCACUUGCGAAGUCCUUUGCAGCUUCUACUGUAUGCUCUGUGAAGGAGCAGUCUUGUGGAUCCAGAGUGACCCUAGCCAACUGGGAGGAAGGAUGGCACUUAUAACUACACAUGGACUUCUGACUGAGCUCCUCUGGUGUACUUCCUGCUUUAACACCAGCUGCCUACAAGCCACGGAGAUCAACACGCAAAGACACAAUGCAUUCUGUUUGUUACUGUGCUGUGUAUGAAGUACUUUUUUUGUAUGCUCUAAUUUAUAUUUCUGUUUGAGUGAGUAAUAGGCGUAUAUAUUUGUAAAUAACUUAUUUUCUUUUUGUGGGACAAAUAAAUUCUUUAUGAAUCCUCUUGA